AUGGCCCCAGAAGCCUCAGAAACCGGGUCACCAUUAUUGUCUCCCGAACACAGCCCUCCCUUCCAUACGCCGCUUAUGGAAUCGGCCUCUGAUCCUAUGGAUCUGGGUGCUAUUCCGCUGCAGCCGCUGGAUCAGGAGGAUGAGGCUCCGUUAACAUCAUCAGAUCUCUCGUCCUCACCUCCCCUCCCCCCUAAUGCAAACUAUGCGAACUACACAAGUGGAAGCCCAUGGGCGGAUAAGCCUGUGGUGCCGAUAUUGGAGCCUGUUGAUGCUUAUCUUGCAUCGAACCGCGCCGAAUAUUUGGACAAAGACCCCAACGAAAAGGCGAAGGCCAGCUCGGAGGCGCCAGAUGAAGAGGGAGAUGAGGAAGAUGAAGAAGAUUUGUUGUUGGAAACUGGACAGGAUGGAAGUAGUAACACUCGUGGCGAAGGGGAUAAAAGGGGAAGAAGAGAGACAAACGAAGCCCCCCCGCCAAAGGGCAAACGCAAGAGGCGCAACAAUGCGGAGAGUAAGGAGACUAGGGAACCUGGACAGCCAAUCCUUCUCACAACAUCAAUUACUACUACCUAUGCGAAGGACCUCUAUGAGCUCUGCCAGUCCCAUGUCCGCUUAGUCCCGCUCUUCACCUUCGAGCAGAAUAAGCCGCAGGAGUUUACUGUUGUUUUAAAGUUGGUUGGACCCCUUGAGUCUAAGGAGAUUGUGGUCGACGGAAUAUUCCCAUCAAAACGGCAUGCAAAGGAAGCGGCCGCAGCAUUGGGUAUCGAAUACGUUCGCGAUCUGCCUAAGGAUGGAUCGUCACGGUUAUUCACUAUGGACCAAGAACCGGAGAAUUGGGUUGGCUUGUUGAGCGACAUGUGCAACGGAAAGCAGAUUCGGCCCCAAUACACCGACUAUGCUACUCCCGGCGCCGGUUAUUCCUGCGAAAUAAGACUGGGUGCGGAAUUCGGAUUCCCGGGCGUGGAGUGUAUGGUCUUUGGGGAUAAACAUCGCGCCUUCAAAAACAAGAAGAGUGCGAAGAUCGCCGCGGCCAAGGAAGCCAUUUUGUGGAUUCGCGAACAGGCACCUCCAGGAACUCCUGUUAAUGGCCGGACUCCCAGGGCAGCUGCAAGCGGUCCCGAAGGCGUAGUAGAUAUUCCAGAGGGUACACCUACGGCCCAGAUUGUUAAUCUUAUCUGCCCAAAACUAGGUUUCACCUCCCCGGAGUACAUCUUCCAUGCCGAUCCCCACGCUCCUGGUCUAUACGACGUGGACGCAGUGAUUAAGCGUCCAAAAGGUCCACGUCCAGCCAAAAUUGGUCCGAUCCGCAGUGUCUUUGGCAAGAAGAAGGCUCGUGACGAAAUCGCUACUUGUGUACUCCGCUGGCUCCGCAAGGAGGCAGAAAAGCAGGGACUCAAGAUUGUUGAGCAUGAUGAGGUUAAUGGUGCCCGGGAGGAUUAUAGCUCUUCUUAGCCAUUUGGCCACUACUUGACUUGGUUAUUUUGUGGUUUGGGGGAGAAACAGCAAUUGAUGGAAAAAAGUCUGGGGAAAAAUUUUUAGUCUUGUUUCCGGUUCGGUUAGUUCGAUGAGUUCUCCCUCCUUUUUGUCUGUCCUUUUCUGCCUAUCAUAAUCGAAUCCACUAUCUCUUCCCCCCAUCCCCCUCUUCUUUUAAUAGCUUCUCAUGGAAUCCUCACUAUUCUUCCAUCCUCUUUUUUCUUCUUCCAUUUUCUCCUUCAUCUACUGUAUCUCAUUCACAUUUCCGUUAUCAUUUUCAUCCACAAACUUCUCAUUCAUUCCAAAACCCCCCACAGAUAACCCGCGGAAGAUGUAUCAUCAAGUCUAGCACGUCUAGACUUGAUCUAUGGGUUUAUUCAUCUAUCUCCUGUAUCUAUCCAUUAUACCUACCCACCUACCCAUGCCUUUCUAUUUAUGGUAGCGUCGGUGCAUCGGUUUUCUUCUUCCUACCUCCAUCUAUCUACCCAUCUAUCCACCCAUCUAUCUAUUCACCCCAAUACCUUACCUCCCGCUACUCUGUUAAAUUCCGCGAUAUCACAGUAAUAGUUUGGGUGUGAUAACCUUUCCUGCAAAUUGUAAGCUGUACUUGUAUUGCAGAGGUUCGCUUUUGAUUGAUUGAUUGAUUGAUGCGUGCAUGGGGUGGGCGUAAGACUCUUUUUGUUUUCCUCACUUUUUCUUUCUUUUUCUUUCUUUUUCUUUUUUUUUGGAACCAAGGUUGGAAGUGAGAUUAGGGUAUGUCCUAUCAGGUCAAUUUACCCGGUUUCUAUCUAAAAAUUUUGGCCAUCUCUUUCUUUUUUUUUUACCUUAUUCUAUUUUGGUUUGUUGGUUCUUUUUGGACGUGGGGGUUCGGUUGGGCGGGUGUGGGCGCUGGCGUUGACGGACGGACAGAAAACACCACAAAGGCUACGAUAAUUGGGUGUUUUCAUGUUUUGAUUUUGAAAAAAACUGUAGAUGUCACAAUUUUCUCUUUCCUUAUAUAUAUACACCCAAGGGGAGUUUUUCUCUCUUUCGGUUGGGUUGGGUCUGUGUAAGCGGGGUCUGAGGGAAGAAAAAAAAUCUUAGUACGGUACUGUCCCGAACAAGACAAAAAA